AUGUCCUCAACCAAUACCGAAGAACGUAUCCGCAAACUCUGGCAAGACAAGCAGCGCCAAGAGCACGCGAAGAUGCGUCUCUGCGACGACCUGCAGCGCGAGGCCGUGACCUACAAUAACAAGGCCCUCCACUAUCGGCAAGAGCGGGAUUUCUUCCAAUCAGUUCGAAAUGGCGUCCGUAGGCAGGAGGCUCAACUUUCGCUUGAACAAUGGUCAGCGCACGCGGUCGGCAAACACUACGACCUAGGGAAGCAGAUCCAAAAGCUCGUCGUCAUUACCGCGGCCCGCAAGAAGCUUCAAGAACAACUCGGUAUGCCUGCUACUGAGGAUGGAUAUGUUGACUGCGUCUCUAGCAGCUUAAAUACCGCUCUCAACAACGUCCUGUUUUCGCUAACGUCUUGA